UUUAUUUUUUUUUUUAACGAACGAUUCCAAGCUCUCUAAUCUCUCUCUCUCUCUCUCAACUUUCUCUUUCUAGUCUAUCCCAAAAGAAAAAAUGAAAACACCUAUCCCCACCCCCAUCAUAGUUUCUCCCAUUUUCCCGGGAAAAUGGCCAAGAAAAACAGCCCAACUCCUUGUUUCAGCCAUGAGUCUUGUUGUCUUCCUUUUCCUAGAUUUUCUCGACAUUGUUCUUUGUGUAAUCUACAGAUUCGUGGACCAAUUCACGGAAGGAAACACAACCCCCUCGUGUUACUGCCACCGCAACAGGGAAGAAGAGAGGAGGAGGUCUAAUUAUGACAGAGAAGGUGAAGUGUCAGAGACUCUGUAUGGAAUUGGAAGGAGAAAUGUGUUCAGGGAAAUGGGUUUCUCGAGAAAAUGGAAUGGUUUGAAGGAAAAUGGAGGUGGAGGUGGGAUGUUGAGGAGGAGGAAUAGGUGGUCUGAUUGUGGGUGUGAGAGUUGUGUUUCAUGGAUGAAUAGCAAUGGUGAUUAUAUGAGGAGGCUUCUUCAUGUGGUUGUCAAAGAAUCAUCAACAGCUACCUUUGGGGAUGAUUGCAGGGGAGACAAGCCAAUGGAAAAUGUGAUAUUCUUACAUGGCUUCAUCUCAUCCUCCGCAUUUUGGACUGAAACAGUGUUUCCUAACUUAUCCGAACCUACAAAGCGCAAUUACAGAUUCUUCACGGUAGACCUCUUAGGGUUCGGAAGAAGCCCAAAGCCAAGAGAUUGUUUAUACACUUUGAGGGAUCACUUGGAAAUGAUUGAGAAAUCAGUCAUACAUCCUUUUCAGUUGGGUUCUUUCCAUUUGGUUGCACAUUCAAUGGGUUGUGUAAUUGCAUUAGCAUUAGCUGCAAAGUACUCCAAGUCUGUUAAAUCGAUCACCCUCAUAGCACCGCCCUACUUUCCUUCUCCUGAAAAUGAUGCUAGCUUGACAGCACUUAGAAGACUUGCAGACAGGAAAUUAUGGCCACCAUUGUUGUUUGGAUCGGCAGUUAUGUCGUGGUAUGAGCAUUUGGGUAGAUGCGUAUGUUUCCUUGUUUGCCGGAACCAUAGGACAUGGGAAUGGAUUCUGAAGCUACUCACCAGAAGAAGGGAUCUGCAUUUCACUGUUAUCAACAUGACGAGGCACACGCAUCAUUCAGCUUGGCAUACUAUGCAUAAUGUCAUAUGUGGGGGAGCAAAAUUAAUGGAUAAGUACUUGGAAGCUUUGGAAGAUUCCAAAGUAAACAUCCAUGUCAUCCAAGGUAGUCAGGACCAAGUAGUUCCUUUGGAAUGCAGCAACAAUAUUAAGAUGAAAGUCCCAGAUGCAGAGGUUAGCAUUGUUGAAAAUGCUGACCAUACUAAUGUAAUUCUACAUAGAGAGAAGGAUUUCACUCAGGAUCUAGAGCAAAUAUGGGCAUCAACUGCUGAUAGCAGAAGAGGGGAACAAUGUUUUGGACAGGGCCAGCCCUGAGAUUUUCGAAAUCUAAGGCGGAAUCUUAAAAUUGGGGUCCUUCAUGUGUAAAUAAUAAAAAAAAUAUUUAUUUAAAUUUUUUACUCUAAAGGUGUAUAAUAUAAAUUCAAGUUAAUGUAAUGCGAGUCAUCCUUGUAAUGAAUGAGAUUUAUAAAUAUAUAUUUUUUGAUUUGGUCUUCAA